UUUACUGCUCGGGCUCAUGUCAUGUAUAUGUAUAUAUAUAUAUAGUACCUCUCUCUUGCGCUUACAAGUGACAUGGACAUUUUUCACGUGAAAAAGGCAUUUUCCGAGUGCGUAAACACACAAUGGACACAAAGUGCAUGUGCAAGUGCAUCUCGUGCAUGGCAUUGUGGUAGUGUUUGAUGUGCAGAUGCGGUGUACGUGCGUGAAAAGAGUGAAAAAUUGGUUGUGACAUCGAACGCCUCGAGUGUGUGCUGAGAUAAUCAUAAGGAAUUGCAUGAGUCAGAGGUUGAUGGAUGGAUUUUCUUUUACCUCCUUCAUACCUGUUCCUAAUAAAAUUGUCGUGUCAAUAAACUCGCGGAGCCCCCUCGGAGUGUGAAAGACGUCGUCGUUGCUGGUGUGUAAAAGAAGAAGUGGAUAAAAAAAGCGCAUUACACCGUCGCAAUGGAAAAAAGAUGAAAAUUGAAGAGAAAAAUGUACAGAAGAGGAAAAUUGGAAGAAAGUAAAAUAAAUUAAAUACAAGAAAAAGCAAGGAAAAUUGCACAGUGCAAUGGCGAGUGCAGGUGAAAGUGCUCCUGCAAGAAGUUCCAACAUAAGUGUGACCAGCAUAAAUUGCGAUCAGGAUCAAUCGAAUGCAAUAAUUGAGACAUCUGGGGGCAAUGGGGCACGUGCCACGACCCCCAAUCACUUCUACGGCAGCAGUGGGAGCAUCCGAAUUUCUGUGCCCAAAAUGGAGGAAUCCGAUGAAUCGGAGAGUGAGCUGCUGACCAUUGAGGAGAGUGCAAAGGUCAAUAUGCGAAAUAAGAGCGAUGGGAGCAAUGCUAAGACUGCCCCGAGGCCAAUGUCGUGGGAGGGUGAGCUGUCGGAGCACGAGGAUGUGAUGGAGGUGGAUAAUGUGGGCAGUAGCAAUGGGGAUGUAGCAAAGUUGCCACCGGCAUUCCCAGAUGGUGGGAAAACAUUCAUUGAUUCCGUCGUGAAGGUGGAAGAAGGGAAUGAGUUGCUGCUGGAACCGAAGAAGGAACAUUUUGUGACCGAUGAGGCCCUUUCGCUCACGGCAAAAGAUGCGCAUCAUGAUGCCUCAGGAGCACCACCAGGAAGCACUGGGGAUAGCAAUGGGAAGGCACUGCUGGUGCAGAAUGAUGUGGUGAAUUUGAAGGUGGAAUCAAAUGUGCCCGAAUACAAUUCAUCCGUGCAAGCACCACUCCUCGUGCGCUCCAAGACAACCCUUUUGCCCGCCAAUCCGAGCCCUGAUUCAGCAAUCCAUUCCGUCUACACACACAGCUCCCCAAGUCAGUCCCCCCUCACAUCGCGACACAACAUCUACACGCCAUCACUUAGCCGCAACAACAGCGAUGCCUCACACAGUAGUUGCUAUUCGUACAGCUCUGAAUUCAGCCCCACGCAUUCCCCGAUUCAGGGGAGGCACAGUAUGUAUGGAGCCCUCAAUGGGUCCCCAUUGCACCAUACAGUCCUCUACAGACCCACAGCGUACCCCGUUGAUGCUGACUCACCCGCUGCAAGGGCGUGCUAUGAUGAUUCCAAUGCCCUAGAGGGGGAAGCCCUACCCUCAGCUGGCAUAUCCCGACAGCAGCUCAUCAAUAGCCCCUGCCCUAUUUGUGGGGAUAAAAUUUCCGGCUUCCACUAUGGGAUCUUUUCGUGUGAAUCAUGCAAGGGCUUCUUCAAGCGAACCGUCCAAAAUAGGAAGAACUACGUGUGUGUACGUGGAUCAGCGUGCCCCGUCACGAUAGCAACAAGGAAGAAAUGUCCGGCGUGCAGAUUUGAGAAAUGCCUUCAACGAGGAAUGAAGCUCGAAGCAAUUCGCGAAGAUAGAACACGUGGUGGUAGGUCAACGUAUCAGUGCUCAUUUACACUUCCGGGUUCAAUGCUCUCACCCUCUGUGAUGUCCUCCGAUUCACCUGGGGGUUGCCAUCAGAACUAUCGCAUGACUGUGCCACCGGUGAAGAUGGAGGCUGGCGAUGGGGUGUCCGGUGGUGGCUCAAAGCCACGCAUUCCGUCACUCUUGCAGGAAAUUAUGGAUGUGGAACAUCUGUGGCAGUACAAUGAGACGGAAUUGCUGCGUCUGAAUCAACCACCACCUCCACAGCCAACGGGUAGCAUCCCAAAUGGGACACCAGCGGCAAAUCCACUUCUUGCCAGUGCUGGAUUGUCGCACAGUGACACCUCAAAUCCCGACUUAAUCGCAAAUCUGUGCAAUAUUGCCGAUCAUAGGCUCUACAAAAUUGUCAAAUGGUGCAAAAGCUUGCCUCUCUUCAAGAAUAUCACGAUUGACGAUCAAAUUUGUUUACUGAUCAAUUCGUGGUGUGAAUUGCUUCUCUUCUCCUGUUGCUUCCGUUCCAUUUCAACUCCCGGUGAGAUUCGAAUAUCCCAAGGAAAAUCCAUAACUCUCGCCCAAUCACGAUCAAGUGGACUCCAGGCAUGUGUGGAGAGAAUGCUCAAUUUGACUGAUCACCUCAGGCGCCUUCGUGUUGAUCGCUAUGAAUAUGUUGCAAUGAAAGUGAUUGUCUUAUUGCAAUCAGAUACAUCGGAGCUAAAGGAGCCAGAAAAAGUGCGUACGAGUCAAGAGAAGGCCCUUCAGGCACUUCAAGCCUACACCUUGGCUCACUACCCUGAAUCACCUGCUAAAUUUGGGGAGUUACUCUUGCGAAUUCCUGAAUUGCAACGAACUUGCCAGGUUGGCAAAGAAAUGCUGACGAUCAAGUCAAAGGAAGGCGAUGAAUUUGAUCUACUUAUGGAGCUCCUCCGGGGCGAGCAUUGACAUUGUGUCAUGUUUUGCGUUGAAUUUUCUCCUGUACUAUCAAAUAGUACAAUAAGCUGCAAACUUGCGUUGAAGAGGUUGCCAGAGCUUUGCAAUUCCUGACAUUUUUUAAAAAUGUUUAAUGAAGAAAAUUAUAAGAAAAAAAAAAUGCAAUCAUUUCAGAGAGAGAAAAAAUGGUAUAAAAAGAGAUGAAAAAACUGUGCUAAUAAUGUUCUUAAGGAAUUUACGUAAGAUUCAUUUUAUUUUAUAUAGUAAUUUGUAAGUCUUAAUGCGAUGAAAUUUUCUAAAGGAAAUUACUUAUUAGUUAGAGUAAAAGCAGUAGCAUAAAAAAAAUGUAAAAUAAGAAGAAAAAAAUUACGAUUUAUUGCUGCAAAAAAGUAUAUAUAUUUUUAGAUCAGAAAUAAGCAAGAAAGAGAAAAAAAAAUACGUGAAAAGAAAUCCUUUUUGCUUCGUAAUUAUUAGAGAGAGAACAAGGAAGUCAAAAGUAUUUUUAUAUGGAUAUUUUUUUAGUGAUUUAACGGAGAAAUUAGAUGGAGAAGUACAUUAAAAAAAAAAAUAGGAUAUCUUUUUUACAGUAAGAACAAAACCAGUGACGUAAAAAAUGUGCCUUUAUUGUGAGAACGAGAGAGAGAGAGAGAGAGAGAGAGAGAAGUGAGAACCUUUGUAUGUAUAGAAUUUUCUUUUUUAGCAUCACAGAGAUUUUUCUCGCUAAAUUUGAUGUUAAGAUUGUUUGUAUUUUAUUUAUGAGAAUUUGAUGAUUUUUAGCAUAAAACUGAAUGCAAAAAAAAAUUGAAUAGAGUUUAUGAAAAAGAAUGUCGUCAUUGGAAAUGUUUAAUUUUAAGUUUACUUUUUUUUUAAUUUUACUGUGAGAGUCUUUUUUUUAGUUUUCCAAGUUUAAUCAAAAGAAUUGCGUAAAAGAAUAAAAUGAAAUUUUUCUUUUGUCA